AUGACUGAAAUACGGCCGACAAGAAAAAGAGAAGAUAGACUAAGCUCUCUCCCCGAUGCCCUCCUCAUCGACAUCAUCUCUCUCGUUCCGACCGAUGCCGCCAUAGCCACCGCCAUAGCCACCGCCGUUCUAUCGCCUCGAUGGCGGUUUCUAUGGGCCCAUAUUACUUCUCUCGACAUCGAUACCAGAAAAUUCCGCCUCGAUGCCAUAAAUCAAGUAAUCAAUAAGAUCACUUCACCGUCGAUUAAAACCUUCAAGCUCCGUGUUUGCGGCCGCACUUUUGUUAAAGGCCGCACUUUCGUUUACUGCCGCACUGUUAUGCAUACAUAUUUUUCUGGUGUUAUGGAUUCAUCGUGUCGUCGAAUUUGUGACCGAAACAUCGAAGAAAUCAGUCUCAAAAUCCAAGAUUUUAAUUUCGAUCACAUCUUAUUCCAAAAUCCUUCGUGUGUUUUCCAAAUCCCUUCGUGUGUUUUCCAAACCCUUUCGUUGGUACUGCUUGAACUGGAUUCCAAUAUACGUGGCUGUUGUUAUGGAAUUAGUGAUGAUAUAUUCGAGUUUUUCCCUUUCACUGUAAAGGUCUGUAAAGGCUGGGGAAAAUUAAUCGAGUCUUUACCAUCCCUCGAAGUUUUAUCAAUGGUUGUUCCUUUAACGAAGGAUAGAUAUUUUCUCGAUAAACCACAAAUUGACAUAUCAAUCACUAGUAGAAAUUUGGUGCGAUUGAAUUUAAGUGUACUUGGGAAAGAAUUGGUUAAUGUUGUUGUCGAUGCCCCUAGAUUGGAAUACUUAAGGUUUGAUGUUUUAAUUCUUUCCAAGUUUGUCUUUGUGAAGAAACCGAAUUCCAUACGUGAAGCAAACAUAAGUUUUGAUUUAGAAUUUACUGAUGAUGAUGAUGUUGAUGAUGAUAGAAACAACUGGAUCAUGGAAUUUCUUGGAUCGAUUUCUAAUGUUAGUUCCCUCACACUUUGUAUUAGAGAUGACGAUGUUAUGAUUACGACGGCCGUGUUAUUCGCAAAUCUGACCUAUCUUCGACUGCAAAUGUCGAAUUUGUAUCUUUAA